GCAUGAUGAUAAUGAAUUACAGGGGGUGUGAGUGUACAAUGAGCAAAAUUUCACGCCGGUGCCAUCCUUUAUGCAAAGAGCUGUAAUUGCUUCUAUACGCAUUUUGGGAGUUUCAAUUCAGAUUCUCCUUCAUUUCGUCAAGCUCCUCCUUCCUCCACCGUGCACCACGUUACCGCUGUCGAAGUGCCACCAGCAACACCAAGUCGCUCUCAGAAGCAUGAGGAAGAAAGAGAAGCCAAACUUGAUCACAUCUUCCUCUAUCGAACGUCUCGAUCCCUCCUGAACAAACUCUCAAUAUGGCAGCUUAUAUCCCUCAUGGAUACAUCGCGCACUGAAACGACGCACGGAGCUCUCCACAAGAAU